UGAUCGAGGACAUGGCGACUAUUAGGGAAUUUGGGGUGUCUGAAUUCAUGCAGGGUACCUGUCGGCAAACUUUGUUUUUGGCGAAGAAGCCUCAGAGAUUGAGAAGUCACAUGCUUUGGGGCAGGAUUUGGGAUAGGAAUUUGGCUCUGGGGUCAACUAGAAAAGCUUUGCCUCUAAAGUGCCAAGCUCAAGAAAAACCCAGAGCAGUGGUUUCUGGGGAUGUGAGUAGUUCUGUAGAAGAGCCAUCUGGCUUGGUUCAGAAGCCUGCUUUGGAAGUUUUUCAUCUGUAUCGUGUCCCGUUUAUGCAAGAAAGUGCAGCUGCUCAGCUUCUGAAGGAAGCUCAAGUGAAAAUCUCUAAUCAGAUUGUGGACCUGCAAACGGAGCAGUGUUAUAAUAUUGGUGUUGGUUCAACACUUUCAAGCAGAAAGCUUUCGGUCCUUAAAUGGCUUCUUCAAGAAACAUUUGAGCCUGAGAAUCUGGGAACUGAGAGCCUUCUUGAGAAAAAGAGAAAGGAGGGUUUGAAUUCUGUUAUAGUAGAGGUUGGCCCCAGGUUGUCAUUUACCACAGCAUGGUCUGCCAAUGCCGUUGCAAUUUGCCAAGCCUGUGGUUUGACAGAAGUGAACCGUUUGGAACGGUCAAGGAGGUACUUGCUGUACACCGCAGGUGAAUUACAAGACAACCAAAUCAAUGAAUUUGCAUCUAUGGUGCAUGAUAGGAUGACUGAAUGUGUUUAUACUCAGAAGCUAACAUCCUUUGAGACCAGUGUAAUUCCAGAGGAAAUUCGUUAUAUACCUGUCAUGGAGAGGGGACGAAAGGCAUUGGAAGAGAUUAAUCUGGAGAUGGGUUUUGCCUUUGAUGAACAGGAUUUAGAAUACUACACCAAGCUUUUCAGAGAAGACAUCAAGCGUAAUCCCACAAAUGUAGAAUUGUUUGACAUUGCUCAGUCUAACAGUGAGCAUAGCAGGCAUUGGUUUUUUACUGGAAAGAUUUUCAUUGAUGGACAGCCUAUGAGUAGAACUCUUAUGCAAAUUGUGAAAAGUACUUUACAGGCAAAUCCAAGUAACUCAGUUAUUGGCUUUAAGGAUAACUCAAGUGCUAUCAAGGGUUUCCCCGUAAAGCAACUGCGACCAAUUCAGCCUGGUUCAGCAUGUCCAUUAGAGAUUGCAGCACGGGAGUUAGAUAUCUUGUUUACAGCUGAAACACAUAAUUUUCCGUGUGCCGUGGCACCUUAUCCUGGUGCAGAGACAGGUGCAGGAGGUCGCAUUAGGGACACACAUGCAACUGGAAGGGGGUCCUUUGUCCAGGCAGCUACAGCUGGUUAUUGUGUUGGCAAUCUCAACACGCCAGGGCUUUAUGCUCCAUGGGAAGAUCCAUCCUUUACUUAUCCAUCAAAUUUGGCAUCACCUUUGCAGAUCCUUAUAGAUUCUAGUAAUGGUGCAUCUGAUUACGGGAACAAAUUUGGAGAGCCAUUGAUCCAGGGAUUUUGUAGAACUUUUGGAAUGAGACUUCCUAGUGGGGAGAGGCGAGAAUGGUUGAAGCCAAUCAUGUUUAGUGGAGGCAUUGGGCAGAUCGACCACAGUCACAUAUCAAAGGGAGAGGCUGACAUUGGAAUGUUGGUUGUUAAGAUCGGAGGCCCUGCUUAUCGUAUUGGGAUGGGAGGUGGAGCAGCCUCAAGCAUGGUCAGCGGGCAGAAUGAUGCCGAGCUUGAUUUUAAUGCUGUGCAACGUGGGGAUGCUGAGAUGGCCCAAAAAUUAUAUCGUCUUGUUCGUGCCUGUAUUGAGAUGGGGGAUAAAAAUCCAAUUAUCAGCAUUCAUGAUCAGGGUGCUGGUGGAAACUGUAAUGUUGUAAAGGAAAUUAUAUAUCCAAAGGGUGCUGAGAUAGAUGUUCGAGCAGUAGUGGUUGGUGAUCAUACAAUGUCUAUUCUAGAAAUUUGGGGUGCUGAGUAUCAGGAGCAAGAUGCAAUCUUGGUGAAGCCAGAAAGUCGUGAGCUCUUACAGUCAAUCUGUAGCAGGGAAAAGGUUUCAAUGGCUGUGAUUGGAACUAUUAGUGGUGAUGGGCGUGUUGUGCUAGUUGAUAGCCUAGCAACUCGGAAGUGUCUCUCUAAUGGACUGCCUCCACCUCCCCCAGCUGUGGAUCUUGAACUGGAAAAAGUUCUUGGUGACAUGCCUCAGAAAUAUUUUGAAUUCAACCGGCUUGCUUAUGAACGGGAGCCACUUGAUAUUGCCCCUGGGAUCACAGUGGUAGAUUCUCUGAAGAGGGUAUUGAGCUUACCAUCUGUCUGUUCAAAACGCUUCUUAACAACAAAAGUGGACAGGUGUGUUACUGGUCUAGUGGCACAGCAGCAAACUGUUGGUCCUUUGCAGGUUACCCUUGCUGAUGUUGCAGUUAUAGCUCAAACUUUUACUGAUGUGACUGGAGGUGCAUGUGCCAUUGGGGAACAACCAAUCAAAGGUAUGUUAGACCCUAAAGCAAUGGCACGGUUGGCUGUUGGAGAAGCAGUCACAAAUCUUGUAUGGGCAAAGGUCACUUCCCUUUCUGAUGUCAAGGCAAGUGGUAAUUGGAUGUAUGCUGCCAAGCUUGAUGGGGAAGGAGCUGCCAUGUAUGAUGCUGCUAUAUCUUUGUCUGAAGCAAUGAUUGAACUUGGUAUUGCUAUUGAUGGAGGGAAAGACAGCCUAUCUAUGGCAGCCCAUGCUGGAGGUGAAGUGGUUAAGGCUCCUGGAAAUCUUGUAAUCAGCGCUUAUGUAACUUGCACUGAUAUAACAAAAACAGUGACACCAGAUUUAAAACUUGGGGAUGAUGGUAUUUUGCUGCAUAUUGAUUUGUCAAAGGGAAAGAGGCGGUUGGGUGGAUCUGCUCUUGCCCAGGCAUUUGACCAAGUUGGGGUUGAGUGUCCCGAUCUUGAUGAUGUUCCUUACCUUAAAAAGGUCUUUGAAGGUGUUCAAGACCUUCUCGCUGAUGAACUGAUCUCUGCUGGUCAUGAUAUCAGUGACGGUGGGUUGCUAGUUUGUGCCUUAGAGAUGGCAUUUGCGGGUAAUCGUGGACUUGUUUUGGAUUUGACAUCACGAGGUAACAGCCUUCUCGAAACACUCUAUGCGGAAGAGCUUGGGUUAGUUCUUGAGGUUAGCAAGAAAAAUCUGGCCUCUGUAACGGAUAAAUUGAACAGUUUUGGAGUUUCAGCUGAUAUCAUCGGUCAAGUGACUACCAAUCCAUCAAUAGAAGUUAAGGUUGAUGGGGUAUCUUGUUUAAAUGAAAAAACUAGUAUCCUUAGGGACAUGUGGGAAGAGACCAGCUUUGAGCUGGAAAAAUUCCAAAGGUUGGCAUCUUGUGUGGAUGCGGAGAGAGAAGGACUGAAACGUCGAUAUGAGCCAUCAUGGAAACUGUCCUUUAUACCUUCUUCGACUGAUGAAAAGUAUAUGUAUGCAGCUGUGAAACCUAAAGUGGCUGUGAUUAGAGAAGAAGGGAGUAAUGGGGACAGAGAAAUGGCUGCAGCCUUUCAUGCUGCAGGUUUUGAACCGUGGGAUAUUACUAUGUCAGACCUUCUUGCUGGAACAAUCUCUCUGCAAGAGUUCCGUGGAAUUGUUUUUGUUGGUGGAUUUAGCUAUGCUGAUGUGCUUGAUUCUGCCAAAGGUUGGUCUGCUUGCAUAAGAUUCAAUGAGCCCCUUUUAAAACAAUUUCAAGAGUUUUACAAGCGUCCAGACACUUUCAGUCUAGGUGUAUGCAAUGGAUGUCAGCUAAUGGCUUUGUUGGGAUGGAUACCGGGUCCCCAAGUUGGUGGUGUGCAUGGUGCUGGAGGUGACCUUUCACAACCUAGGUUCAUUCACAACGAGUCAGGGCGGUUUGAAUGUCGCUUUACAAGUGUAACGAUAAAGGAUUCUCCAGCUAUAAUGUUCAAAGGCAUGGCAGGUAGUACAUUGGGAGUAUGGGCUGCUCACGGGGAAGGAAGAGCUUAUUUCCCAGAUGAAGGUGUGUUGGACCGUGUAGUUUACUCCGAGUUAGCUCCCGUUAGAUACUGUGAUGAUGCUGGCAAUCCAACAGAGAUCUAUCCUUUCAAUGUGAAUGGCUCUCCUUUAGGGGUAGCUGCUAUUUGUUCUCCAGAUGGGAGGCAUCUUGCAAUGAUGCCUCAUCCCGAGCGUUGCUUCUUAAUGUGGCAGUUCCCAUGGUAUCCAAAGCAGUGGGAUGUGGACAAGAAGGGGCCUAGUCCUUGGUUGCGCAUGUUCCAGAAUGCAAGAGAGUGGUGUUCCUGAGAUCAUCAUCUAUUUUUCUUUUCUUUCUUUUUUCCCCCCUAAAGCACUUUUCCUUGCUUUAGUUGAUGCCACAUCCAUCUCUUACUUCAAUAAUUAAUGGAAAGGUCUUAUAUUUUAUACAUUGGUAAAACUCUUGCAUUUUACUUUAUGUCGAACAAAUAUGUUAGAUAUUUUGAUUUCUUGUGGAAAAUUUAAGAAUUUCCAGUUACCCUUCUAUAUUACUGUCUCGCCUAAGUUAGUUCCUUGUGAUUUAUGGCGUCAAGUAUUACUCAAUUCUAUUCGGAAAAUGACCAAU